UCGAGGUAACACACAAAUCUACAGUGCUUGCUAUGUUGUGUGAUACUAGUUAAAAACAAUAACAAAUAAUAAUUUUUCAAUUGAUUAACAUCAUGUAUUGUAGUGUAGGUUGUGAUAAUGACAGUUUUAUCAUAACUAUAACAACAAAAACAACAACAACAACGUGAUUAUAACAAAUUAUUAAGAUAAGAAAUAAUUUUGUGAAAAAUGAGUAGCUGAUUGUUGAUUUUUCCUGAUGGACAUUUUUAUUUUGACAUCAAGGAAGACAUAUCUAAAUAAAAAUAUUACCACGUGCUGGCACGUUGAUAAAUUAAAUAAGUGAUGUUUAUGAGUAUUAUUUAGUAAUAUAUAAACAAUAUCUUGGUGAAUAUUUUAUUAUUCUAUUGUAUAUAAAUUAAAUAUUUAAAUAACAAAUAUUUUUAUUUUGGAGUAAUAACGUGAGUGUAUUUGAAACAUUUAAUAUUUGUGUUUUGUAUAAUUUGAAGAAAAAAAUACAGGGAAUAUAGUGUGAUGAAAAAAUCAAGAUGAAAAUAAAAUAUAAAAAAUUUUACACGGGGACUUCGAUGCCUUUGUGAAGUGACAAUAUGUGCAUCGUUUAAAAAGUGAUAAUUAAAAUUUUGAUGAUAAAAUAUAAUUAAAAAAAAAAGCUAUAGAAUUAUAUAAAAAUUUAUAUUUAAAUUAAAUAUAAUUUAGAUAAAUAUUUAUAAAUAGUAGAAAAAUAAAUAAUAAUGUCAGCGGUUGCACCAGCAGGAGCCGCAUCAGCGGUACCAAAUACAAAUGGACUUAUUGUACCAGCUCCAUUAUUAGCAUUGCCAACAUUAUCAUUUUCCGUCGGUCAAGUUGCAACUGUUUGUGAAACACUUGAAGAAAGUGGUGAUAUUGAAAGAUUAGCACGUUUUUUAUGGAGUUUACCAGUUGCACAUCCAAAUAUACAAGAAUUAAAUCAGAGUGAGGCUGUAUUAAGGGCAAGGGCAAUUGUUGCAUUUCAUUCUGGACAUUAUCGGGAACUUUAUGCAAUAUUGGAAAGACAUAAAUUUACCAAAGAUUCACAUGGUAAAUUACAAGCAAUGUGGCUUGAAGCACAUUAUUCAGAAGCUGAAAAAUUACGUGGUAGACCACUUGGUCCAGUUGAUAAAUAUCGUGUUAGAAAAAAAUUUCCAUUACCAAGAACAAUAUGGGAUGGUGAACAAAAAACACAUUGUUUUAAAGAACGUACAAGAUCAUUAUUACGCGAGUGGUAUCUACAGGAUCCAUAUCCAAAUCCAGGUAAAAAAAGAGAACUUGCUGCUGCGACGGGACUUACACCGACACAAGUUGGUAAUUGGUUCAAAAAUAGAAGACAAAGAGAUAGAGCUGCUGCUGCUAAAAAUAGAAUGCAACAACAAUCUGGUGGUAGUAAUGGUGGACCAAGACGUGCAAUGAGUCCAGGACCUGGUAGUGAUUCUGAAGAUUCUGAUAUAUCAUUAGGUGGUACAUCACCACCAUCACCAUCAUCAACACCACCAGCAUCACAUCAUCAACAAUCACCAGUAUCAAUGGGUCCUGUUGGACAAUUACCACCACCACCACUUAAUUUUCGCUUUGAUCCAAGCCAACAAUUUAGAUUUUCACAUUCAACUGCCUUUAAAUUUCCAUCAACGGGCUUUAGAUUUGGACCACACAGUCCUCAACACAAUCAUCCAACAAUACCAAGCCCUGGUGGUAUGUUUAGAAUGACAGAAACAAGUCCAUUUCAAGCAGUUGGUCCACGUGGAGAUCUUGGCUCAAGAUUACCUGAUCUUGGUUUACCACCACCAAGACAUCAUCCUCAUGAUGGUCUUUUACAUCAUCCACAUCCGCAACAUCAAAUGCCAGAAGUUAUAUCAAGGUUGUCUGAUGCAUCAAGAUUAUCCGAUGGUGGUAUAUCACGUUUAUCGGACAGUCUGAGUGAAGCACACAGUCCACCAUUGGUUGCAACAAAUUUAUCACUAACAGGACCCCUAAGAGUUGCUGUACCAAGUCCCCAUACACCAUCAUCACGUGGUAGUCCACCAAGUCAUCAAACACAACAUUUACAUCAUCCAACAAGUCAGGGUCUUAUAAGGGUCAUAACACCACCACCAAAUCCAAAACCACCACAAAUUCACAGGCCAUUUUCACCUGCGUGAUACGUUGCUCAUAGAAAAUAUAUCUAAAUUUUUUUUAGCUACGUAUUCAAGUCCAGGACAUUAAUUAAUUAAAUGUGGUUUAGUUAU